AUGGAUGAGACCGAGUAUAAAGCACUGAUACAGUGGUACUGCCGUAAAAAAUAUUACAACGGCAUGUUAAUCCAUGCGAAACAAGCGUGCGAUGCUCAUCCAGCUAGCGAAAACUUGAAAAUUUUACUCGCUUUGGCUUACGCACUGAUAGGACAAGGCAGAGACGCUGCUAAGGAAGUUUCAGGAUUAAUUGGCUAUGGGGAUACAACGCUGGCUGCUUUAUUAGUGCAAAGCUAUGCUUACAGAAUUGGCAACAGCAUCGAUAGAGGUGCAUUAACUCAGCUAGACGCACGUAUACGCGAAGAUAAAAGAAAAGCUACGCCUCAAGCACUAACACUGGCUGGGACUGUGCUGUUUUUACUUGAUAAAGUCGAAAAAGCUAAAGAAUAUGCCGAUCGAGCAUAUAAGAUAAAUCCUGCAAAUAUAGAUGUGCUAUUGAUCAAAGGAUGGAUCAGUUUGCACUUACCAAAGGAGGGGAGCGCAGGGAAAUUCACAGACUACUUCGAGCAGGUGCUGAAACAAGACAGAAAACAUCUUAAUGCUUUACUUGGCUCUGCAAGCUACAAAGAACAGAAUGGAGAUCACGAUAGCGCAAUAUCUAUACUCAACUCAGUCAUAGUUCGAUAUCCAAAACUGUCUAUGCCGUUGAUAGAAAAAAUGUCCAACCAAUUGGCUAUGAAAGAUUGGGAACAGGGGCUAGAAACAUCCAACAGAAUACUGUUACUUGAUUCAAAUAACACAAGCGCCGCAAAACUUAAAGCUAUUGCAUCGCUGUGCAGGGAUGGCGACUACGCCGAAGGGUUGAGAUACUUGCAAACUUUUUUCAGACACUUGUCGCUGUCGGAGCCUAAAAACAUAUACCUUCUCAUAGAUGGAGUGCAAUUAUUCUCUCGAGUAACUGGACGGGAUCCAGCCAUAUUAACAGAGCUGACAAAGAUCACUGAGAAAUGUGUGCAGCAAAAUCCUCAGAGCAGUGAACUAAUGGUUGAAUUAGGGAAUCUGAAUGUAUUCAUGGGAAAAAUCAAGGAUGCUGAACACUGGUAUCGCAGUACGGUACGAAUCGACGAAUCUUCGCUGCCGGCAUUGAUGGGACUGGCGCAUUGUCAGCUGCUCGACACUUCGUCCGGAGCCACAGAUUUGGCCAGACAGCAAAUUGACUUUCUCAGAGAAAUACAAGCAAACGCCACAAGUCCCGAAAUUCUGUACAUGUCAGCUAAAUUGAGCAAUCACGAGCCAAGUAUAGCUGUAAAUUACCUGGACAUGGCAGCCACGAUAUUGUUGGAAGACGCUAAAGGCAUUCCUUACGGAUUUGAAUACCUCAAAACUUUGAAUCCAGAUUUUUGUUUGGAAAUUGUAAAAGAGUACUUGAUAUAUUUACCAAGCACAUCAAUUGGGAGCGCUCCGGAAGAGAAGAACUCGUCUAUUGAUACGUUGAAAAAGCAGUGCUUGAACAUACUUGAAAAAGUUUGCGAUGCUUGUCCUGGCUUAGCGGCAGCUUUGAUGUUGCUGGGAAAAGUCCGAUUGCAGAAUGGGGACUUCGACGGAGCUUUGGAGGCCUUGAGAAAACUGCUAGAUUCGGUUGAUCCAACCAGCGCACCAGGUCACUUGUUAAUGGCUCAAAUUCUCGCUCGACAAGGAAAGUAUCAGCAGGCUUCGCAAAGUUUGGAAGUUGGAUUGAGCUACAAUUUUAAAGUCAGAGAUGAUCCAAUGUACCAUUUGAUCAUUGGACUGGUCGAGAAGGAAAAUGGAGACCUGAAUAGUUGUAUUCAUAGUUUACGUGUGGCUAUGUCGUAUGCCGGGCUCAUGCCUGGCGAGGGUAUAUCAUCAACCACUUCGAUACCCACCGCAGACAAGGCGACGCUUUACCUGGAGCUCAUAUCUGCUUACAGUAAAGUCAAAAAGUAUAAUGAAGCAAUUUCACUUAUGGCGGAAGCUACUGGGGAAUUGUGUGGCACUGUGGAGGAGGGUCGGAUAACGAUCGGAAACGCUGAACUCUGUCUGGACAUGGGCGACGUAGACCAGGCCAUAAGUUACUUGUCAAGAGUUCGUCCAGGUCAGCCUUACUACUUGCAAGCGCACACAAGACUCGCUGAAAUUCACCUCAAAUGGAGGAAGGACAGGAAUGCUUUUGCCAAGUGUUUCAGGGAACUAGUCGAGCACUCUCCUGGUCCGACAACAUACAGCAUGCUUGGGGACGCCUAUAUCGCCAUUCAAGAACCAGAUCGAGCGAUAGAAGCUUAUGAACAAUCCCUAAAGAAGAGUCCAUCCGACAAAAUACUGGCUAGCAAAAUGGGAAAGGCACUGGUCAAAACACACCAAUACGGAAAGGCAAUAAAUUACUACAAAGAAGCAACGCGCCAGGAAGGCUGUGGUGAUCUGAAAUUAGAUAUGGCAGAAUUGUUCAUGAAAAUGAAACAGUUUGACAAAGCGGAAGCCACUCUUGCUCAAGAGUUACAAGAUUGUCGCAACGCGAACGACCUACAGAGCCUAGAACUGCGAACAAAACAGCUACUGUUACUGGCCAAGGUUCGAAAAAGAGCAGGCAAUACGCAGGCAGCCCUCGCAACUCUGCGUGAGGCCAGAGAAAAUCAAAGCAGGGCUGUUCAAAGAGCUGCCGUAACGCCUGGUUCAACAAUGCAGAAGGAGUUGCUGGCCCAAAUAUGCUUGAGUAUGGCGGAGCAUGCUUCGUCUCUGCGAGAUUUUGACCAGGCUAUCGUCUACUAUAAGGAGGCUCUGAGUCACAAAUCUGGUGACACUAAAGCUCUGUUGUCACUGGCCAAGAUUUACAUGCAGGUAAACGACCUGGAUCGUUGCGCUCAAAACUGUGCAGCUUUACUAACAAUGGAUCCGAGCAAUGAGGCAGCGCUGGUGAUGAUGGCUGAUCUAGCCUUUCGCAAAGUGGAUUUUGAAACUGCUGCGUUCCAUUUUCGUCAGCUGCUAAUUCGUCAGCCGACUUAUUGGACAGCGCUGGCAAGACUGAUAGAAGUUUCGCGCCGAACAGGCAACAUGGAUGACCUUCACGAGUGGAUCUCUAGGGCAGAAUCUAGUAUGAGUGGUUCAAACCAAGAAGCUGGCUUCUCUUAUUGCGCCGGUCUGCUAGAUUGGAGACUUGGCAAGCUGAAUUCUGCGCUUCGGUACUUUAAUGCUGCUCGACGAGAUCCGGAGUGGGGUCAGCAGGCUAUCUACAACAUGAUUGAUAUAUGCUUGGACCCUGAUGACGACUCUGCGCUAACUAAUGAUACCUUCAACGACGGUGAUACUGAGUACCAAGAUUCGAGAUCACUGGCAUUAAAAACAGCUCAACGCUUAUUGCAGGAACUGAACCCUAAAGGCGGCAUCCAGGAGAUGCUAACCCACCGACUGCUGGGAGAUUUCUACCUGCUGGCGACGAAGCAGAAGGGAAACAUUGAGCGGGCCCUGCAAGAUUGUACAGCUCUGGCGAGCCAGGAUGCGCUCAAGGAUCACGUGGGACCAGCGUUGGGCUUGGCGACGGCUCACAUCCUGCUUAAGCAAACGCCGCGAGCACGCAACCACCUGAAGAGAGUUUGCAGGAAUGUUUGGUCCUUCGAGGAUGCCGAGUACUUGGAACGUUGCUGGGUCCUGCUUGCCGACAUUUACGUCCAGUCGAGUAAAUACGAGCUGGCCAACGAGCUGCUGAAGCGCGUUCUCCAGCACAACGCGACCUGUGUACGAGCCCACGAAUUGUCCGGGUACAUUGCCGAGAAGGAACAGAAUUAUCGUGAGGCUGCUGUCCAGUAUUCUCAGGCUUGGAAGUACGGAGGAAGGUCGAAACUCUCUGUCGGCUACAAACUCGCCUAUUGCUACAUGAAGAGUAAAGCUUACGCCGACGCUAUUGAAACUUGCAACGAAGUGCUGAAACAAAACCCUGAUUAUCCUCGGAUAAAGAAAGACAUACUGGAAAAGUCCAUGAACAAUCUACGAACCUAGUUUUACAGAUAUCAUUGUGCCGAAAGUCAAUAAUUAACUUACAUUCAAGUAAGAUCCUGGGAGGAUUCGUAGAAAGCGCAUCAUUUGAAAGACGCUGCGCCUGCAGAUAGACCACCAAAGUUACGCACAAGAUGUUUUACUGCAUGUAACACGUAACUUCGGUUGUCUAUUUGCCGGCGAAGCGUCCUUCAAAUUGUUCGCUUACAGAAACUCCUCGCUGUAUCGUUGAUAAGAUUAUUGGAUUAGUUUCGUUGAUUCUAUCCGCACACUGAUGCCCGCAGUUAAAUAUAUAUCUGAGAAUCUUAGUAUUAGAUGAAUUAUUCCGUCCACUGUAAUCGUAAGCACGAAUUGCUCGUAAAACUGAGGAAAAUAUCGUCACUGCAACGACGUUGAAAAUUUCAUUCCUGACAAAUAAAAUGCGGUGUCAUUGAAUUUCAUUCGUUUUUAUUUUC